CGCGACCAGACCAGCACCGUUAUAACGGUUACCGUCAGUUACCGUUUCCCCGUUAAACAGCUUCAGGAGCUAACUGCUAACGACUGAUUGACAGCAAAGCGGUCCAAUGAUGGAGGAGCUUCACGACGUCCAGCUGACAGAGAUCAAACCACUGCUGACCAGACAGAACGGCAGAAACCUUCAGGACUUUGACUGUCAGGAGCACGAUGUGGAGACGGCUCACGGUGUGCUGCAUGUUACCAUGAGAGGGGUUGCUAAGGGCAACCGACCCACAGUCCUCACCUACCAUGACGUCGGACUCAACCACAAGUCUUGUUUCAACAGCCUGUUUAACUAUGAGGACAUGCAGGAGGUGACGCAGCAUUUCUCCGUUCUGCAUGUUGAUGCUCCGGGACAGCAGGAGAACGCUCCCAUAUUCCCCAAUGGGUACCAGUACCCCACCAUGGAUGAGCUGGCUGAGAUGCUGCCGGCUGUCAUGACACAACUAGAGGUGAAGAGUGUGAUAGGUAUCGGGGUUGGAGCUGGAGCGUACAUCCUCACCAAACUGGCUCUGAACGAACCCAGUCUGGUAGAAGGCUUACUGCUCAUCAACAUAGACCCCUGUGCUAAAGGCUGGGUGGACUGGGCUACCUCCAAGCUGAGCGUCUGGACCAACAGCCUGGUGGACACUAUCAUGGGUCAUCACUUCAGCACUGAUGAGUUAACAGACAAUCAGGAGCUCGUCCAGACGUACAGGCUCCACAUCUCAGAGGACGUACCACAGGACAACCUGGCCAUGUUCUACAACAGCUACGACAGUCGUACUGAGAUACAGAUGGAGCGGCCAAUCCCCGGUCUGAAUGAAGACACAGUCACUACACUCAGGUGUCCUUCCCUGCUGGUGGUUGGAGACAUGUCGCCUGCUGUUGAUGCUGUGGUGGAGUGUAACUCCAGACUGAACCCCACUAAGACCACCCUGCUGAAGAUGGCAGACUGUGGAGGACUUCCUCAGGUGGUGCAGCCUGGAAAACUAGCAGAGGCCUUUAAGUACUUUGUCCAGGGGAUGGGCUACAUGCCUACAGUUGGUAUGACCCGGCUGGUCCGCUGCAGGACUCACUCAGCCUCCAGCAUCGGCUCCACAGACGGCGUCCGAAGCCGCAGUACCACCAACAUCCUGCCAGAGGGCGCUCACUGCAGCCCUGAGCACACAGCACACACCGUCCACCUGACUGCAUAGGACUCACCUGUCCUCACCUGUCCUCACCUGUCCUCACCUGUCCUCACCUGUCCUCACCUGCCCUCACCUGUCCCCACCUGUCCUCACCUGUCCUCACCUGUCCCCACCUGCCCUCACCUGUCCCCACCUGUCCUCACCUGUCCCCACCUGUCCCCACCUGUCCCCACCUGUCCCCACCUGUCCUCACCUGCCCUCACCUGCCCUCACCUGCCCUCACCUGUCCCCACCUGUCCCCACCUGUCCCCACCUGUCCUCACCUGUCUUCUGGUUGCCGUGGUAACGCUGUAGGUUCAUAUCAAUGUACAGUUGUGUUUGGUCAGGUCAGAGCACAUUUAUCUUCAUUUACUAUUUAUUAUUAUUAUUAUUAUUAUUCUUACUGUUCUAAUCAUUAUGUAGUUGUGAUGUGUUGUUGUUGUUUAUUAUCCAUUCAGCUUGUUUUACUUAAUAUAAAUAUUUGAUCAAUAUUCAGGAUUACAGAUAUUUACUGGGAUGUGUUUAAAGGUGCAGUGUGUAGAGUUUAGUGCCAUCUAGUGGUGAGGUUGUAGUAUGACCCUCUGAUUUUACCCGCUGCACCUUUAAUUAUUAUUAUUAUUAUUAUAAUUAUUAUUACAGAUAUUGAUGAAUGUCUGUAGGAUCAUUAUUUGCCGUGCAGCAGCUGUUCACUGCCAUCCUGAAUGAUUGAUUUAUCCUCUGACCUUUGACCUGUUUCUAUGACAUCAGUUUUCUUGGGCUGUGUCUGACAUCACUUCCUGUUUACUCCUCAGUGCUCUACGUUGACCCUCCGUCUGAAUGCUGAGUAAAUAAAACCACAAACAGAGCCUCAGAUACUGAGAACAGGAGUAAAGAGGGAAUGAUGUCACACACAAUGAUGUCACUUUAUUCUACUUUUAUUUAGUUGUAAAUAUUUAACGGUUUGUUUUUAAGACGUUUUACAAACAGUUUGGGACAAAUUAUAAGAAUAAAAGUUGUAUUUGGUUCAUUUUGAGUCUCUGACAGAAAACAGCAGAUGAUCAUAGUUUCAGGUUUUUGAUCAUCUCUGUUGUUUGUGAGCAUGAACAUUAACCUGCUGCAGACCAGGAUCUGCUCUGGAGGGCCUGAUGAGGCCCGGGAGCCGAGGUUUGCCCACCACCGGGUUCACCUCCCAGUUAAACCAGUCUGUCUGUAAAACGUCUUCUCUCUGCUGAUUGGCCGGCGACAGCAUGCUCGCUGUGAUGAAGACUGAUGACUGUUUGUCUUCAGUGACGAUGAUGAUGAUGAUUUAAAUGUUUCUGCGUCCUGAUGAAGAUUUAAACGGAGCGUUAGUCUCUAAAGCUGCAGACUUUUAUUCUGCUGUCGGUUCUUAUCUCUGAGGUUUGUACUGAAUGUUGUUCCACUACUUUUAUUGUGAACAAGGUUUGUAAUGAAAUAUGAAAUAAAGCUUGUUAUCACUGA